AUGGGUGUGCACUUGUUAACAACAAUCAGACAGUCUUCAAGGGACAUCAGGCUUCUCUGGUUUAGCGUGUUUGCACGAAUGAUCGCCUUCGGGUUGACGAAUCAGGUGCUUACUCUUUAUUUGAAAUCUUUGGGUAUCCAAGAGUCGAAAAUCGGUGUUUUCAUGUCUCUCACAAUGAUUGGUGACUCGGUACUUUCGUACUUGUUGACGUGGAAUGCAAACUCUAUUGGCACAAGGCGUGUUAUGCGGAUAGGCUCCUUCCUAAUGUUUGCUUGCGGUUCCGUUUUUGCCUCCGGUACGAAAAACUUUCAUCUUCUUUUGGUGGCAGCUGUUUUUGGUGUCAUUUCUCCCUCUGGCGGCGAUACCGGACCCUUUAAGACAAUAGAAGAGUCUGUUCUCGCAAAACUAACUCCACUUAACCAUCGUCCCGAGGUUUAUGCCGUUCAUGGAACUCUGGCUGCAGUUGGUUCUUCGUGUGGAAAUCUUCUCGGUGGCUUUUUUGUGCAGGAGCUGGUUUCCAACAGAGGUCUCUCAUACUGUGAUGCCUAUCGAUACUCCUUUUACAUCUUCUGUACCAUCUCGCUUAUAAAAUAUGUGACGAUGCUUUUCAUGUCCAGAAAAUGCGAGCCUUCCUACAUUCCUCGCUUUGAAAGGUUGGAUGGUUUGUCUUCCCACCAAAACACAGACUGUGUUUCUUCAUGUUCAACAGCAAAGGCCUCCGGCAGAUCGACUCCAGUGGAACGUACAGCAUUGUCUUCUUCUUCUUCAUCCUCCAAUAUCACUGAUCAGGAAGAUACACCUCUACUUCACGAAGAAACUCCUCUUCUUCACAAUUCUUCUUCAUCUCAACAGGAGAACACACUCACUGGAUUAUCGCCAAAGUCACAGUUCAUUCUUAUAAGACUCUUGAUUCCUUUCAUGACAGAUUCACUUGGAUUUGGUUUCAUGCCAUCUGCAUGGGUUGUCUAUUACUUCAACAUGCGGUAUGCUCCCACCGCUGCUAUUCUCGGUAUCAUAUUUGGAACUACCGAUCUUAUCGUGUCUCUUUCGGCCAUUCCCUCUGCCUGGAUGUCCAAGAUAUGGGGUCCUCUUAGGUCUACCAUCCUGACACAGAUACCCUGUGGUUUGUUCUUUAUGGCCAUCCCAAUUAUCGGUAAAGCUCUCCCGGUUGCAACCACUUUGUACCUUCUCAACCAGGCUACGACAGCAUUCGAUGUCGUGCCACGACAAAUCAUACUUACGUCGCUUAUCGCGUCGAACGACUUGCCAAAGGUGCUCGGAACAGUUAACAUUGCCAAGCAGAUUGCAAGAUCGAUCUCACCAUGUUUCACUGGAAUUCUUGCAGAGCAUGGAUUCUUGUGGACUUGCUUCCUUAUUUCCGGCUUCUUGUUGAUUUUGGCUAAUAUUAUUCUAGGAACAACAUUCUACGGCAUCGAUAGUGUUAUCGCUGAAAAGGAGAGUACAGAGCAUCAAAUAGAACAAUCGCACGAGUAA